AACGAAGACGACGACGACAAUAAUGUCUGAGAAGAGCCAAAUCCCCGAUAACAACAACAACAACGCCGCUUCUUCCUCGUCGGCGGGGAAGAAACCGGCUACGGAGAUCGGAUCCGGAUCGAGCUACUCGGGUCAGAGGAGGACGUAUCCUAACAGACCAGAGUCGGUGAAUCCGGAUCAGGCGACGCUGAGGGAGCAGUGGAAGUUCGCUAUAAGGCAGUACAGCAAGUGGUACUCACACGCUUGGGGAACUGCGAUACUAGCGGGAGGAGUCUUCUUCGGACUCGGUUGGAUCAUCAAAGGCGAGAAUCCUCUUCCUUCGCUCCAAUCGAGUUCUAAGUCUCCUAAACCCGACGAAGAAAAAUGAUUUACAGAUGGGGAAAAGCAGGAUGAGAUAAGAGACGAUGCAUCAACAAUGGCACAUCUACAUUUCAAGUAUCAUCGAUCGUUAGAAGCAAAGAGAGAAUGAGAAGGAGAGAGCACAAAGCAAGAGAUUGUAGAGUAGAAACUUAACACACAAAAAACUUGAGUGUGAACUUUGUUUGUCUGAUAAUUUCCAAGAAUGUAUGUAUACAAAUAUGCAAGAGAUAAAUGAAAAUGUUGAUGUUGAAUAAAUAAAGUACAAGAAAGAAAAAGAGAAGACAAAGUGUAUCUAAG